AUGUAUUUUUCAGGGGUAGAUAUUGAUAUUAUCACAUACUAUGACCCUGAGAAUCGAUGCAUUACAAUAAGCAUUGAUCUAUUUAUUAGAGUUCUCAAUAACUAUGAACAAAACACAAGGGUCUUUUUGGACACUCACUUGCUUAAGAUUCGGGGUAAUGAAGAUGAGCAAGAACGUCGUGCAGAGAAACUAGUGUCUAAGGGUAAUGCAUCUGUGGACCUCGGGAAUAUGCCUUUUAUACCUAUUGUUGUGUAUACUAGUCGUGCAUUGAUUACUGCUGAAUUUAGGGAGAUGAGUAGUGAUGAUUUCAAGGAAGCCUAUCUUGGUCCGCUUGAUAGUGUUAUUAGAGAAUCAUGUAUUAGGAGUCUACCUUUGGUACGCCAGUAUAAGUAUCCACUGGGCGAUGCAAUGCGUAUGGAACAAACUAUCCAAGAAUACUUUAAUGAAAUAGCAAUUCCGAUCAGGCAGCUUUAUCGUGAUGUUGGUGAUGUGAACAAUUAUUUUGGUAGUCCCUCAAUUGUAAGACCUGCAUUGGAUCAACGAAGAAUAAUACAGCCCGAUAUUAUUCAUAUGAGAAGCGAGUCGGAUUCAGAUAUGCAAUAUCCCGAGAUUGUUUUCGGGAUAGGUGAUUACAAAACAGGAGUCUAUAAAAUGAUGGAAGGCUUCGAAGAAUUCAAGACAGCUAUUCUGAACCGAAGAAGAUUGAGGCUGCAUUCCAUUGGGAAAUUCUUUCCAGAUAGAGAGUGGUCGCCUAGAGUAUUAUUGCGUUGGUUCUAA